AUGGACGUCAUUAAAUGUGUCUGUGUUGGUGAUGGUGCCGUAGGAAAAACCAAUCUUCUCAUCUCCUACACUUGCGAUGGUAUUUUCCCUGAAGAUUAUGUUCCAACCGUUUUAGAUAAUUAUUGUAAAACUGUUGAAGCGGUGGUUCCACAACAAAAAGUACCAUCGGUCAUGAUGAAUAAUUCAAAUCAACAACAACCACAACAACAACAGAUUGAAGAGGAAUUGGCAAAGAUGACAAAACCAGUUGAAGAUAAUCAUACAACAAAAUCUCCAAAUUUGUCAAUUACUUCUUCCAAUGUCAUGAUGAAAAAUACUGAACAACAACAACCUUCUUCAUCAUCAUCCACGAGUCAGAAUCCUUCUACUAGUCCUCGUUUUGCUUCUAACAAAUUGAAUGAAAGUAAUCUCUCGUCAACCUUGUCCACAACCACCACUGAUGACAUGGCGCCAUUUGAAAAGGAAGAAACGACGUUUAUUUCAUUGCAAUUAUGCGAUACUUCGGGACAAGAAGAAUAUGACCGAUUACGUUCUGAUUUAUCAGAUUAUGCCUCUGCUGAUGUAUUUCUAUUUUGUUUCUCUUUGGAUGAUCCACGCUCUCUUGAAAAUCUUCAUGCCAAGUGGUACGAUGAAGUCACCUCCUAUUUCCAAACUCAUAAACAUCAAGGAGGUGGUGUCUUGUCACUCUUUGGAGCUAUAUAUUCGUAUUUCGGAUUUGGAGGAGGUUCCACCACUGAAGAAGGAGCUGUCACUGAUUCCUCCACAGUCACAACAAACGGUGACAGUCAAGUGACAUCCGCUGGUCACAACAUUAUGGAUAAUAUUCCACCAAUUAUUCUCGUCGGAACCAAGUUGGAUAUUGUUAAAACAGAUUCACAAUCAACCUCUCUCAAUCAUUCAGAAAUUAAUUCGACUUCCGAUGCUCCAAAUUCUUCAUCGAUAUCAUCGUCAUCCAUUUCACCUUCCUCUCUCUCGCCCUCUUUCAUGAAUAACAAAAUUCCAACCGAUACUCGUCGACGUAAUCAAUCCAUUUAUCACAUGUUUGGAAAUAUUCCCAAGACCAGCGAAAGUCCACAAUUACAAAAAAUUAGAGAACAUGCACUCAAAGUCAAGAAAGAAAUUAAGGCAGUGGCUUAUGUGGAAUUGAGUGCCAAGACUAUGGAGAAUGUGAAUGAAAUGUUUGAACAAAUUGUCAUUCCAGUCGUAUUAAAGAGAAGAAGAGCGAUCGAACGAAAGCGAAAUACGAAAUCGGUGACAAGUACUUCAUCCUCUUCCUCUCAUUCGACACAUUCACAUUGA